UAGCUUUUGCUGCUACUCCAGGAAGCGUUGGGGACAGAGACGUGUCUAUAUUGAUGGGAUUGACUGGUUUGAGCGGAGUUGAGUCGCUGGACACUGGUGGAAAUCUAGACGGUUAAAUUUUUUUGGUGGAGGAGGGCCCCGAUCAUGGCCACCUCGGGGAACCAGGUAGAACAGCUACGGCGCCGCAUCCAAGAACUGGAGGAAAAGCUCGUCCGAGAGAGGGGAGGCAGUCGGGGCCUGCGAGCACGGAUCGCGGAAAUGAGUCCCGAGGUGACGGACUCCAAUCCGUACAGUCGCCUGAUGGCAUUGAAAAGAAUGGGAAUUGUGAAAGAUUAUGAGAAAAUCCGUUCAUUUGCCGUGGCAAUAGUGGGUGUUGGUGGAAUUGGCAGUGUGACUGCUGAAAUGCUGACAAGAUGUGGCAUUGGUAAGCUGCUCUUGUUUGAUUAUGAUAAGGUGGAACUGGCGAAUAUGAAUAGGCUCUUUUUUCAACCCCAACAAGCUGGACUGAGCAAAGUGAAAGCAGCAGAACACACUUUAAGGAAUAUUAAUCCUGAUGUCUGCUUUGAAGUACAUAAUUACAACAUCACUACUGUGGACAACUUCCAGCACUUUAUGAAUAGGAUCAGUAAUGGUGGAUUAGAAGAAGGAAAACCUGUGGAUCUUCUGUUAAGCUGUGUGGAUAACUUUGAAGCUCGUAUGGCAAUUAACACUGCUUGUAAUGAGAUUGGACAAAUAUGGAUGGAAUCUGGAGUAAGCGAAAAUGCUGUUUCUGGUCAUAUCCAGCUGAUCAUACCUGGUGAAUCAGCUUGUUUCGCAUGUGCACCUCCACUUGUUGUAGCCGCAAACAUAGAUGAGAAAACUCUGAAACGAGAGGGAGUUUGUGCAGCCAGUCUUCCCACCACUAUGGGAGUGGUUGCUGGUCUUCUUGUGCAAAAUGUCUUGAAAUAUUUAUUAAACUUUGGAAUGGUGAGCUUUUACCUCGGCUAUAAUGCACUGCAGGAUUUCUUUCCCACUAUGACAAUGAAGCCAAAUCCACAGUGUAGUGACCGAAACUGCAGAAUGCAGCAAGAGCAGUAUAAGAAAAAGGAGGCAAUGAAUCCAAAAGAAGAAUUAAUAGACCAGGAAGAAGAAAUAGUUCAUGAAGACAAUGAUUGGGGUAUAGAAUUAGUUUCGGAGAUUUCAGAAGAAGAACUGAAAGAUGAUUGUAGUUCAGUUCCUGAUCUUCCAGAAGGAAUUACGUUGGCUUACACAAUACCAAACAAGAAAGAGAAUGUCCCAGCUGGAGAAAUGGUUGAAGAAUGUGAAGAAAGUCUUGAAGAACUUAUUGCUAAAAUGAAGAAUAUAUAGUAUAAAGAAUGUGUAAAGGGCCUGCUAAUUUUAGUGCUUUGUAGCUAUUUAAUAGUUUCUGCUAAAUUUGGCCUUUUGUAUAUUUAUCACUGUUUUGAUGAUAGAAUCAUUACAUUCCCAUAACUUAAUACAUUAUUAGAAGCUAGGAGGAUCCAAAUUACCAGAAAGCGUUAAAGCAACCCAUUAGAUUUAAUAAUAUGAGAAUGAUAGUGUAUUAUCAAAUCAGCCACAAAGGUGUUUUAUGAAUGGUAAAAGUUUACUUGUUAGAUAUAGUACAAGUAAAAUAAAUAUAAAGUAAUCUGGCAAAAGUUCUAAUGUCCCUUAUCUUUAGAAAAAUUAAAGGUUUCACUAAUUGUAGCUAUAUUUAAUUUUUGAAAUACUACUCUAAUUUAUCCAUAAUGCUAAAUUAUGAAUUAAGUGUAGAGUUCCUUCUCUAGAUAUUUUGAGAUUGAAUCUUAUGUAUCUUGCACAGUAAUCAUGACAGCAGGAAGCCAAAAUGAGCAAAGCAAGACUAGUUUUGUAUUAUGCACACAAUUUUUUAUGAAAGAACAAGAAGAUUGCUCUUUUGCUAUUUUAUAUUUAACAAGAACAAUAAACCAUGAUCUAAAAUUAA